CUGCCGCCACCUCGUCCUGCCUGUGGCAGAAUUCGGAUAUGAAAAGGCAGAGGACCAGCUGGAAAGCAGGCGUUAAGAAAAGAGGUUCCUGUCCCCCUGCCCCCUGCUUUCUUGCAGCCACUGGAGUGCGCAGUGAGAAUCUGGAACCGUGGACAGGGGCAUCACAAUUCCAGGAUGCCAUUCGGACUCUGAAUACGCUCCAGACGAACGCCAGCUACUUGGAACAAGUGAAACGGGAGCGAGGAGACCCCCAGGCACAGCUGGAAGCCAUGAAAGGUUUUUUGGAACGAAGCGGAUUGAAGGUCGAAGACCUGGAUCAACUGAACAUCAUUCACGUCACUGGGACGAAGGGCAAGGGUUCAGCAUGUGCCUUCACAGAACGUAUUCUUCGCAACUAUGGCUUAAAGACUGGCUUCUACAGUUCUCCACAUCUGGUUCAAGUACGCGAGAGGAUCCGGAUUAAUGGGCAGCCCAUCAGCAAGGAGCUGUUCAGCAAGUACUUCUGGCAAGUGUAUAAUCGGUUGGAGGAGAGCAAGGUUCCUGAACAUCCAGCCAUGCCUGCCUACUUCCGUUUCCUCACCAUUAUGGCUUUCCAUGUCUUCUUGCAGGAAAAGGUAGACCUAGCAGUCAUGGAAGUUGGCAUUGGUGGUGCAUAUGACUGCACCAAUAUUAUCAGGAAACCGGUUGUGUGUGGGGUUUCCUCGCUGGGUAUCGACCACACCAGCAUCUUGGGUGACACCAUUGAGAAGAUUGCCUGGCAGAAGGGAGGCAUCUUCAAGCCUGGAGUGCCGGCAUUCACUGUUCCUCAGCCAGAGCGGCCCUUAGAUGUCCUGAGAGAGCGAGCUGAGAAGAGCUCAUGCCAGCUCUACCUGUGCCCUGACCUGGAUGCCUUCGAAGAGGAUGGAAAGCCUCUUCCACUGGGAUUGGCGGGUGACCACCAGCGCUCCAAUGCUGCCUUGGCCCUACAGCUCUCUCACAUGUGGCUUGGACAGCAGGGGUAUCUGGAUAUUGGUGAGCUGAAGGCCCCACGGUUGAGCUCAGAGCUGCCAGCAAAGAGAUCUCCACCGUUGGCCCCUGCCUUCAAGCCAGGAGAAGCCAUGCUGCAAGGGCUACAGGCAGCCGUGUGGCUUGGUCGAAACCAGGUGCUGCACCACGGCCCUGUGACGUGGUACAUCGAUGGGGCCCACACCACCAGCAGUAUACAGGCCUGUGUCCGCUGGUUUCGCAAAGCUGCCCUGAAUGAGGAGAAGCCUGCAGACGGCUCUGAAGUCCGGGUGCUCCUCUUCAACGUGACAGGCGAUCGCGAUACUGCCGCUAUGCUUAAGCUGCUUCUGCCUUGCCAGUUUGACUAUGCCGUUUUCUGCCCCAAUUUCACUGAAGUGUCCACCGUGGGGAAUGCAGAUCAGCAGAACUUCAAUGUCACCCUGGAGAAUGUCCUGACCCGUUGCCUGCAAAACCAGAGCCACUGGAACCGCCUGAUGGAGGCAAAAGUAGGCCCGGACCCUUGGCUGUCUGCCUCGCCAGAAGUGGAAGGGGUGGCUGGGUGGCUGAAGCAGGCCCCCCUGCACGGCCCCCCGCUCUUCUUGCCACCCUCGGCACGCCCACUCAACGCCAACUCCUUGGUCUUCCCUUGCAUUUCCAAGGCCUUGCAGUGGAUCACCCAAGGCAGGGACCCGCACUUCCAGCCCCCGGCAUCCCGAGGGCUCCACCCUCACCCCGCAGCCAGCAGCGGGGCUGUCUUGCUCAAGGAAGCGGCCACCAUCCAGGUCCUGGUGACGGGGAGCUUGCACCUGGUGGGCGGUGUCUUAAAGCUGCUCAACCCAUCUCUUUCGGAGUAGAGGGUACUGUUCGACACACACACACCCCUCUUGAGGCCUGUGUUUGCUGCCUACUUGAAAUGUCAUUGGGAAGCUGGGUCACGCCUUCACACUGAUUUCACUGCAGCAUGCAGGUGGUGGGCUGCCUCCUGAGUCCAUGGAACCUCUAAUUCCUCCUUUAAAAAUUUUUUCCUGAUGAACAUGGCACCUGAACAAUACGGAAUCC